AUAUAUUUAUAUAAAUAUAUAAAUAUAAAAAAAAAAGCAAACUAACAACAGCAAAAUGAAAGUGUGGACUUUCCUGCCGUGGCUCCCGUGCCUCGUUAUCCUGAUCCUGUGUGUCGGGUCGGAGUGCGGCCCCGUGUGGAGGAAAGGUCGAUCCAAGCGCGAGCUCGUGAAGCUCCGGGAGGCUCGGGCGAGCGUGCCGGGCGCGUGCGCCACCCGCCUUCCACGCGGCAAGCGCUCCGUGCCCGGGCUCGAGCGCCGCCUGCCCCGCCAGCGCCGGCGCGCCUCCGCGGCCGACGACAACGAGGACGCGUCCGUCUCCGUCUCCGCCGCGUCGCCCGCGCGCUACGGCCGCGCCGUGCACUUCACGGGACGCGGGGACCAGCUGCGUCUCAGACAGGCGGAGGAGAUCCCCAGGGGAAACUUUACGCUCGGCAUGUGGGUGAAGCCCGAAGGAGGACAACGCUCCCUUGCCGUGAUCGCAGGCCUCUUUGAUAAGUGUUUCUAUGCCUCGAGCGACCGGGGCUGGCUGCUGGGUAUCAAGACUGUUAGCGAGCAAGGCAACCGAGACCCUCGCUUCUUCUUCUCUCUCAAGACGGAUCGUGCUCAUAAGGUCACCUCCAUCUACUCCAACACCAAUUACCUGCCUGGGCACUGGGCCCAUGUAGCAGUCACCUAUGAUGGCAUUUAUAUGAGACUGUUUGUGAAUGGUGCACAGACUGCUGUUAGUAGAGAACAGUCUGGAGAUGUCUUCUGCUCCCUUACUAAGAAGUGUAAGGUGUUGAUGGUGGGUGGAAAUGCCUUAAACCAUAAUUACAGAGGUUCUGUUGAGCGGGUGACUCUGUGGCGUCAAGCCCUCUCCCAGCGGCAAAUCAUAAAGGACAUGCAUGGCCACAUAGAUCCUUACAAUCAAGUGGACCUCAUCAUCCGGGAGAACUUUGAGCACCCUGAUCGCAAGUGGCUGGUGGUGAAGGAUGGGAAUUUCCCACAACCAGAUGAAGGUCCUCGGGCUGGGCUGGACUCUCUGGACACAACCCUGGAGCCGCCAACUUGUGGACAGACAGUGUGCGAUAACGUGGAGGUUGUGCACAACUACAACCACACCUGGACCUUCCGGAGACCCAAGACAGUGCGCUACCGUGUAAUCAACGUUUAUGAUGACGAGUACCGCAGACCUACCGUGACUGAUCAGCAGAUCUAUUUGCAGCACCAGGAACUGAACGAGGUCUUCAGCAUGUACAACAUCACCUGGGAGUUGACAGUUCAUAACGUUAGCAACUCCUCACUACGAUCCCGGUUAGUGCUAGCCAACUGUGAUAUCAGUAAGGUGGGCGAUGAGGACUGCGAUCCUGAGUGUAACCAUACCUUGACUGGAUUCGAUGGUGGCUACUGCAAGCCCAGGGCCUACUGUGCUGAUCGUAAGCAAGGCAAUGGUGUGUGCGAUCCAGAGUGCAACUGGGAUAACUUUGCCUAUGAUAAAGAUGACUGCUGUAACCCCAAUGUUACCGAUGUCACCAAGACGUGCUUCAAUCCUGCCUCGCGUUUAAGGGCCUACCUGGACGUGAAGGAGUUGAAAGAUAUCCUCAAAGUGGACGGCUCUACGCACCUUAACAUCUUCUUUGCCAAUUCCACUAAUGAGGAUCUGGCUGGAGUGGCCACCUGGCCGUGGGACAAGGAGGCCCUGACCCAUCUCGGAGGCAUAGUGUUAAAUCCAUCUUUCUACGGCACGUUCGGACACACUCACACCAUGAUCCAUGAAAUCGGCCACAGCCUGGGUUUGUACCACGUCUUCAGGGGCAUUUCAGAGAUCGAGUCCUGCAACGACGCCUGUUUGGAGAUGGAGCCUUCGCUGGAAACAGGGGACUUGUGCGCCGACACGAACCCCACACCUAAAUACAAGCACUGUCGUGACCCUGAGCCUGGAAACGAGACCUGUGGCUGCAGCAAAUUUAUACAAACGCCUUUUAGUAAUUAUAUGAGUUAUGCAGAUGACACCUGCACAGACUCAUUUACCAAAACCCAAGUGGCUCGCAUGCACUGCUACUUGGACCUGGUUUAUCAGACAUGGCAGCCCAACUACAAGCCUCCUCCUGUCCCCAUGGCGCCCCGUGUGGUAGAACAGCGCCAGGACUCCGUCACUGUCGAGUGGUUUCCUCCAAUCACAGGGCACUUCUAUGACAGAGAAGUGGGAUCAGUGUGUGAUAAAUGUGCCGAAGGCCGAGUCUUCCUCCAGUACGCCUCCAACUCCUGGUCGCCGCGUCCUUGUUUGCCAUCUGGUCACUGGAGCCCACGAGAAGCUGAAGGUCCACCAGAUGUGGAGCAAGUGUGCGAACCAAGUGUGCACACCUGGAGCCCCCAUAAUGGCAUGGAGGUGGGCCUGGUACCACCACCAUGCCCGCUCCAGGGCUGCAUGCUGCAGCUAGAAUUCGCAUACCCGGUCGUCCCUGAGUCGCUUACCGUCUGGGUGACAUUCUGUUCUUCAGAGGAGAUGGCUCUUCCUGCAAUCCACAACAUUAUACUGCUUUGUGUAGGUGGGCAUAACCUCUCUCUGGGCCCCAGCGAUGUGUUCUGCGACAUGCCUCUGACCAUUAAGCUGGAUGUAAAGGAGAAAGUGUACGGUGUGCAGUUCUUCACUAUGGAGCAGCACCUGGAGAUCGAUGCCACUUUGCUUACAUCCAAGACUGACUGCCCAUUGUGCCGGGAUUGUGAGGAGUUGCGUUACAGGCUACUCCGUCAACCUCCUUUUAGUCACGCUCCAAAAGGCAUCGAGCUCAGAGACUCGGCACGCAGAUACGUGGACAGGGACAUGAUGCAUGGUGUAAUGUACACCUACCAGGUUCAGACAAUCUCCAGAUGGGGACAUAGCGAACCGUCUCCGCCUCUUGUCCACCAUCUUGGAGCUUCAUACUGCGGAGAUGGGAUCAUCCAAAGGACCCAGGGAGAGCAGUGUGAUGAUAAGAACAUCAUGAACGGGGAUGGCUGCUCAAGUCAGUGUAAGAAAGAGCUGUUCUUCAACUGUGUGGAUGAACCUAGCAUAUGCUACUACUACGACGGCGAUGGUGUUUGUGAGGACUUUGAAAGGGAGACAAGUGUAAGGGACUGCGGCCUGUAUACCCCAAGUGGUUUUCUGGAUCAGUGGGCCACUACUGUGGAGACGUCCCAUAAGGAAAAACUCUACUGCCCGGCCGAGGUGGCAGCUGGAUACCCUGCGAUCACCAAGACCUGCCAGUCCAAGGUGUACGACUUGUCUCAUGGCGUUUCCCAGUAUGCCUGGUUUCCUUGUCGUGAAGCCCAGCAGGUUCCCUGGUACCGCUCCUACUGGCUGGAGGCCUAUUUCUCACACCCGAUGGUCGCCACAGCCGUCAUCAUACACUUGGCUGCAGAUGGCACAACCAUUUUCGACUCGGUGCAACAUCAGAAACAAUGCAACAUCUCGGUGCAGCUGGUGGACACCAAGGGCAAGAACCACAGCUUAGGGGACUGGCACCUGAGCUGCCGCACCAAUCCACUGGUGAUCCCGGUGAGCCAUGACCUCAGCAUGUCUUUCUACCACACCAAGGCUAUCAUCUUGACGUUCCGUUGCCCAUUGGUGGCCAUCUCUGGUGUGGGUCUGCGUUCCUUCCAGUUCUUCGACCCUAUCACCAUUAGCAGCUGCCAGAGCAAUGAGAUCUAUAACCCUAUGGGCCAAAGUUGCGUUCAUUACUCCUGCGAGGCCAUCGACUGCCAGAAGCCGAACGUCCGCAAUGCAGAGCUGCAAUGUAAUGGUGGCUUUUUCAACGGAGACCGAUGUACUGUCACAUGCAACAGUGGCUACGUGCUGCAGAUCCAGCGGGACGAUGACCUCAUCAAGAGCCAGUCAGGAUCAACGGUGACCAUCACCUGCACAGAUGGCAAGUGGAACAAGCAGGUUUCCUGUGAGCCAGUUGACUGCGGCCUCCCUGACAAGUACCAUGUCCACCCUGCCAAGUUUACUUUUCCUGAGGGUACCACCUAUGGCAAGAAGUGCACGUUUGAGUGCAGGGAACCUGCUCAGCUUGUGGGAAGCAAUAAUACUCUGAUAUGCAUGGAGGAUGGCCUGUGGUCCUUCCCAGAGGCCUUGUGUGAGCUGCGUUGUCCUGCUCCUCCCAUCAUCCCCAACGCUGUAUUGCAGACCAAGCGUUGCAAUGAGACUGGCCUCAAAGUGGGCUCACUUUGCAAGUACAAGUGCAAGCCUGGAUACCAUGCAACGAACAAGCCCAAGAGGCGUGCAUUUAAGAUGCAGUGCACAGAAGAUGGCCGUUGGCUGGAGGGAUCAUGUGAGCCGGUGACGUGUCCUCCACCCCCGCCGGUCUUCCACGGCAUGUACCACUGCACUGAUGGUUUCCUAUUUGACAGUAUGUGCUGGCUGCAGUGCCAGUCUGUCAACAGCACGGCAAAAGCAUCAGCUCCUUGCAAGCAGCAGGGUCUGCACUCCAUGAUCCGCUGCAGGAAGGAUGGAAACUGGACUGGAGCUUUCCAGAUUUGUCCAAAUAUAAAGGGUCAGUGUCCUUUACCACGGAACCUGCCCUCCAGCAUCCGGAUCAGCUGCAAGAACGGACAUGCCAUAGGAGCCGAGUGUGAGCUUUCAUGCAAGGAGAGGAACAGUGAAGGGAACAGUGAAGUGGUCAUCCUGCCUGACAACAUGACAGCUAGCAGUGUUCUGGAGCACCACUGGAUGAAUCCACCCAAAGUCACGCAUAUAACAUGUACCAUGGGACUGAAAUGGUACCCCCAUCCAGAGAUUCUCCACUGCAUCAAAGGUUGUGAGCCAUUCCAGGGUGACAAUUAUUGUGAUGCCAUGAAUAACAGAGCAUACUGCAACUACGAUGGAGGAGACUGCUGCCAGUCCACCGUCAAGACUAAGAAGGUGAUCUUUUUUCCAUCAUCAUGUGAUGCGCAGACCGAUUGCGCCUGCCGGGACCCCAGAGCUCUGGAAAACAGGAAGGAAGAGCAUAUGUACUCUGAGGGCUGAGAGAAAGAGCGCAGCCAUGGAAAGCCCAGCAACAGACUGGGUUCAAGCAAGAUAUUCUUCCAGAUAUGCUGCUUUACAAGUGUACCUCUCCUGUCUCGUCUCACUCCUCCAUGUCAACGUGUCUUCUUGCUAUCGUCCGUCACAUCUUGGAAGAUCUACCCAUCUCCAGCUCUUUGGGAAGGAAAAAAAAUGAAAGAUAGGAAAACAAAAAGAGAAGACAGGUGUGGGUAUGAGAAUAUACCCAUGUGUAGUAAAAAAGGAAUGCUUUUCUUUUAGCGGGCUUGAAAAAAAAAAGAUAGAUACUGGUUAGCAUGCCUAUCUGUGCCAGCUUUCAGGGUUCACAUCUAUUUUGCUGAAGUUUGUUGGCGGUAAAAGGAAACUUUUUGACAAAAUUUGUAGUCUUGACAUCUUAAGGGCUGUGAUUAUUAUUAUUAUUAUAAUUAUUUUUUAAUUAUUAGGAUUAUGUAAUAGCUUUUUAUAUGGAGUUACGAGAGCGGGCAAAAUAUGUCCUACAGUACGUAAAAGUAAAGAUUUGUCCUGGAAAUUUGUUCCUGCAUCAGCAAACCAAAGGUGGGGAAAAAAGUAGCCCAUGUAACAUCUUGAAGUGUUUCCGGGGGCCAUUUCAGAGUCUGGUUCUGAUUCCUGAGGUUCUGAAAUGUGUGAAAAAUAAACAAAACUGAUAAUAACGCAAGUUUGAAAAUGUUGGUAGUUACAAAAAAUAAUAAUAAUCAUCAGCAAUUAUCGAAUCCCAAACUAGUUACUCUGUCAACUUUACUUAACAGUCAAUAUAUAUAUAUAUGCAAUGAGGUAUGUUAAUGCUACAAUUAAUAGCAGCUAAUAUUUAGCAGGUUUAUAAGACAGCAUUUGUUUUAAGAUCAAACCAAAACCAAGAUGAAGGUGAUUUUCCCAUGUUAGCAUAGCAUCAGUUAAUAUUGCUGCUACUCCUGCUGCUACUUUGCCAUCAUGACCAAUGUUUUUUUUUAGUAUGGAGCUGGAGUUAAGACUGCCUUAAUAGUUACCUCAAGAUGCCAGUCUCAUCCAGCAGUCCGGAAGAAAAGAAAAAUGACCAUAAGAAUGUCAAUUAGCAUGUUCGGCAGUAAUACCAGCGCUUACCUGAAAUUAUACAAAUUUGCCAACUUAACAUUGAUCUUUUUUCUUUAACUUUCCGCCAUAGAUAGUAGGUCAAAGAUUUAACAUAUUGUCCAUGGUGUAUUAGCAUACUUGUGCCAAAUUUACUAAACCAGCACUUCUCAAAUAGCGGUCCAUUUACCACAGCCCUGCCGUUAUUAUAUUUAUUAUAAAGAUCUUAUAGUUAUUAGUGAGUUUGAAUCAAUGGGUCUCUUGAAUUCAAUCCAAACCUCAGCCUCUGAAUAACAUCUGCAGGUAUCUAAUGUGAUCUGUUUAGUGAAAGAUCAGAAAUACGUAGCUUUCAAAUUGCUGCUCAAAAGAAAAGUGCUAUCGCUCCUCUUCCACAUACAUGAGCUAACAGACAUACAUGAUUACUUAGCACUGUUUUAAUGACUCGGGAACCAAUGAACUGAUGAUCUUGUGACCAUUCUAGACUGAAGGUUUUGUAUACCAAUUUGUAUACCAAGCAGUGAUCAGUUGUGGCAGCUUGAAACCUGUGCAGCUUCUGCUCAGCUUUUAGCACUCCCUAAAAUUAGCAGACCGGUACAAUUUAAUGCUGUUGUUGGUGGUUUGUUCCAACUGCUCAUCUCAAAGUGUAACCCAACAGACCAUACAAUCUGUCAGAUACCCUUCCUGAUCCAACCCUCCCAUUUUAUUCAGGCUUGGGACUAGCACUGUAUCCGAUGGCUGGGGUUUGGGUAUUGGCUAGGGAUUGAACCUGGGUCUUCUGCAUGGCAGGUGAAACACCUACCAAAGAUCCUCGUUGCCCAACAGUACGAUUUAAUACCUGUGUUUAAAAAAAGUUGAACGUCCUUUAACUUCCUGCUUCCACGCCCUGCAUCUAAAAACCGUGUUCCUUAAGCACUGUACUGUAUUCUGGCCAAUGGUACCUGCAUACGGACCUAAAUACAAAACUUCACGAAAUACAUGGAUGAAAGCGGCACAGAUUCAUUAGGCAUAGCAAACCAAGGAAGUCAUUCGAUGUGAAUGUCAUUGUAAAUACUUCAUAGAGGCUUAUCAAGACGGUGAUUGUUUUUCGUAGCGCUUCUAUUAGUCUGGGGAAAAAAAAUGUCAGUUUUCCUUCAUUUAUAUUUCUUAAAAAAAGAGAAAAGAAGAGCAAAAAAAAAAAAACACUUUAUGUAUUGGUAAUCAGUAUUUGUAUUAAUGACCUCAGAUACUGCACUUUUGAGUAGCCAUUAAAGGGAAAAGACUCCAACCUUUUAGAAAGAAAACGCUGCUAUUGUAAGACAUUGCAUUUAAAACAAAACAAACAAAAAAAGGUAUCAGAUAUGGUAUUGUGAUAUUCCUCUCUUUGUGGUUAUUGUGUUUCACCUGAUUUUAGCUGUUGAAUGGGACGAAACUCAUUGUAUGUUAGAUUCAUGUGCCUCGUCUGGAACUGCGAAACUGGCUUCAAAAUCCAAGUGUAUUGUUUAAAGAAGGAUUUGCAUCUUAAAAUAUUGUAUCGUAUUUGUUGUAUAUGCAUUGUUUUUUCAUGUGUUUGAUGGUAUUAGCCAUUGACACAAAGACUUGUGGAAUAUUGAAGGAUUUUUUUUUUUGUUUUUUUUUAAUGAAGGAACUACAAAGAACAAGAAAAAGCACCAAAAAAAAAAAAAAAGGAAAUAUAUCACUGAAGAAAAGCCAGUUUAUUGAAAAUAUAUUAUACCGAGAGUGGACAAGAAAUAUUAUAGAGAUUUUGGUUUGUUCUAUAGUCCUAAAAGAGGAUUUAUUAUGUUAUUAUUACAGUGAUAUGUUAUUGUAAUGUGUAUGGACCAUUUUUAUUGCUUUCAAAGCAAAACUCAUCAGCAAUCAUUACACAACGGCAAUUUUCCAUGAACAGGACUUCAGGUUGACAGCUGGGAGAGCCAAAGCUUCGUCUUUACACGUGUUCUCGUCUACCGUUUAGGAGGUGUGAUCGACCGGUUUCCUGCUUCCUCGUGUUUUUUUUUUUUUUUCCAGAACAAGACUAAACUCAGAACCAUGUUGUCGCUUUACACUCUGCUUCUCCCUACCUUUCUAGAAAAACGGACGCAGUCUCUAAAGCCAUAUAUGUUGAUGUUUCCGACGGGAUGCUCGACUCUGCUGUACACACCACGGGAUCUCUGUCUGUACCUCAUGCCUGUAGUGUUUGCUGCUUCUAUGUGUAUUUUUUUUUUUGGUUUGUUUGUUUUGUUUAGGUUUUUUUUUUUUUGGUAUUCUUGUGAUUUAUGUCUCUCGGCAAUAUGUUACGGUGUACAUAGUAGAACUAUUUAUUGAGAGUGUUAUACUUUUUUUAAGUUAUAUUUUUAAUGUUCAUGUAAGUUAUUUUUACAUUGGUCUUAUAAACGGAAAAAUAUAAAAAGGACUUUUGUUUGGAGGGCUCUGAUUUCUCUCGAAUACAAUUGUUUUAAUUUCUGAAGCUCACAAAAUGAAAAAGGAACGAAAACAAAAAGGACAGUUUGUGAAGCCUCUUAUUCAACGUUGGUCAUUUAUUUGGUAUUAGAUUCAUGCAUGGAAUAAAAAUUAAUAAUUGAAUAAAAGCAAAUU